AUCCUUGUCCCCCAUUUUUGCGUUCGGUCACGCGGAGAGAGAGAGAGAGAGAGAGAGAUCGAAUAGAAGAGAGAGAUGUCGUCGCACGGGAACGCAGCGUCGGUGAACGAUCCACGUCAGCCGUCGGCGGCGAAGCCCUACGUGGCGCCGAUGGUGUCCCCGCAAGAUCUCCCCGUCGAUUACUCCGGUUUCAUUGCCGUCAUCUUCGGCAUCGUCGGUGUCAUGUUCCGGUACAAGCUAAGCUCGUGGCUUGCUAUUGUAUUCUGCGCCCAAUCGCUCGCCAACAUGCGGAAUGUCGAGAAUGACCUCAAGCAGAUCUCCAUGGCCAUGAUGUUUGCUAUUAUGGGAUUAGUAACAAACUACUUUGGGCCUGCUCGACCAGGUACAAAAAGUUAAGAUUUCAUGAUUCACAGAGUCAAGACAAACCGUGAUGACAGUUUGAAGGUUCCUUUCUUUGAUGGUGUUUUAUCCUUAUUCUGGGGGAUAUUGUUGAUGAAAUUUGAUGUCAAAAAUUUGUAGGAAGACUAAAAUCUACCUUUGCGUUUUGUUAAUGAUUUUCGCUUACUUAUAUAAAAAAAAUAAUAAAAAAAAAAAUAUAAAAAAAUUCUUUUCCA